CAACGGCUUACGAUAAUAUUGUUGAUAAAAUUUUGAAAGAAAAAUGGAUUGAAGCUCUUAAUCAGUGCAAUGAUCAGCGUAUAGAUAUGAUUGAAGAAUAUUUAGAAAAAUUUUCAGAUCGCCGUGAAAGGAUAUUUGUUGAAAGAUUUAUUGUUUUACCUGUUACAUUUUAUCAUAUAAAAAAUAACCCAGAUUUUAAACUCUAUCAU